GUGCGGGGGAUAAAGCCGUGCGGAGGGCUGGGAGGCUGCGCAGAAGCCCAUAGGUCUGUGCUCGCUGCUCCAAGCCACAGACUCAGGAAGAUGAGGCUCGCCGUCCGCGCCCUGCUGGCCUGUGCGGUCCUGGGGCUGUGUCUGGCUGUCUCCCCUGAGAAAACUGUGAGAUGGUGCACUGUCUCAAAUCAUGAAGCCAGUAAGUGCUCCAGUUUCAGCGAAAAUAUGAAAACGGUCCUUGAGACUGGUCCCUUUGUCAGCUGUGUGAAGAAAACCUCCUACCUUGAGUGCAUCAGGGCCAUUUCGACAAAUGAAGCAGAUGCUGUGACAUUGGAUGCAGGUUUGGUGUUCGAGGCGGGCCUCCACCCCUACAACCUAAAGCCUGUAGUGGCAGAGUUCUAUGAGUCACAAGAUGAUAAAAAAACCCACUAUUAUGCUGUGGCUGUGGUGAAAAAGACCAGUGACUUCAAUCUGGACCAGCUCCAAGGCAAGAAAUCCUGCCACACAGGCCUUGGCAGGUCUGCUGGGUGGAACAUCCCCAUGGGCUUACUUUAUUGGAAGUUGCCUGAGCCACGUGACUCUCUUCUGAGGGCAGCGUCCAAUUUCUUCAUGGGCAGCUGUGUUCCCUGUGUGGAUCGGACAGCCUUCCCCCAACUGUGUCAACUGUGUGUGGGAAAAGACACAGAAAAGUGUGCCUGCUCCAACCAUGAACCAUACUUCGGCUACUCAGGUGCCUUCAAGUGUCUGAUGGAUGACGCUGGGCAAGUGGCCUUUGUCAAGCACUCCACAGUACUGGAGAACCUGCCAAACAAAGCUGACAGGGACCAGUAUGAGCUGCUCUGCCGGGACAACUCCCGGAAGUCAGUGGAUAGAUAUGAGGACUGCUACCUGGCCAGGGUUCCUUCCCACGCUGUUGUGGCCCGAAGUGUGGGGGGCAAGGAGGACUUGAUCUGGGAGCUUCUCAACCAGGCCCAGGAACAUUAUGGCAAAGACAAAUCUACAGCCUUCCAGCUCUUCAGCUCAACUUUGGGGAAGGACCUGCUGUUUAAGGAUUCUGCCCAAGGGCUUUUAAGGAUUCCCCCUAAAAUGGACACCUGGCUGUACCUGGGAUAUGAGUAUGUCACUGCUGUUCGGAAUCUAAGGGAAGAUAUGCGCUCUGAUACCUCAAAGGAUGAAUGCAAGAAGGUGAAAUGGUGUGCAAUAAGUCACCAUGAGAAGGCCAAGUGUGAUACGUGGAGCGUAAACAGCGUAGGGAAAAUAGAGUGUGAAACAGCCGAGUCCACCGAAGACUGUAUUGCCAUGAUCGCGAAAGGAGAGGCUGAUGCCAUGAGCUUGGAUGGAGGCUUCAUCUACAUAGCAGGCCAGUGUGGUCUAGUGCCUGUCCUGGCAGAGAACUACAAAACUGAAGGCCCUGACUGUAGCAAAAAGCCAGAGGAAGGGUAUCUUGCUGUGGCUGUGGUUAAAAAAUCAGCAGAUGAAUCCCUCACCUGGAACAAUCUGAAAGGCAGGAAGUCCUGCCACACUGCAGUAGAUAGAACUGCUGGCUGGAACAUCCCCAUGGGCCUGCUCUACAACAGGAUCAACAGCUGUGAAUUCGAUAAAAUUUUCGAACAGAGCUGUGCCCCUGGAUCUAUGCGAAAUUCCAGUCUCUGUGCUCUGUGUGUUGGCUCGGCAAAAACUCCAGGAAAAGAGUGUAUUCCCAAUAGCCAUGAGAGAUACUAUGGUUACACGGGGGCUUUCAGGUGUCUGGUUGAGAAGGGAGACGUGGCCUUUGUGAAAGACCAGACUGUCAAGGAGAACACUGGGGGAAAUAACAGUGAACAUUGGGCUAAGGAUCUGAAGAUGGAAGACUUUAUGCUGCUGUGUCCUGAUGGCAGCAGGAAGGCUGUGACAAAGGCUAAAGAAUGCUUCCUAGCCCAUGCCCCGAAUCACGCUGUGGUCUCACGGAAAGAUAUGGCAGCUUGUGUUAGCAAAACAUUACUUGAGCAGCAGAAGUUGUUUGGAAAAACUGAAAAUGACUGCUCGAGCCAGUUCUGUAUGUUCCAAUCAGAAACCAAGGACCUUCUGUUCAAGGAUGACACAAAAUGUUUGGCCGAACUUCCGGAAGGCACAACAUAUAAAUCUUACUUAGGAGCAGAGUAUAUCACAGCUGUUGCUAACCUGAGACAGUGCUCCACCUCAAAACUCCUGGAGGCCUGUACUUUCCACAAAGAUUGGUGGCGACAUUUGACUCCUAUCUUAAAAGAUAAAAGUAUCACUCGUGAAAUACCGCUGGCUCGAUGUAGUGUUCAUGAGAACUGCAACUCCCAUCAGGACCUUCGCUAUCCCGGUCCCGAAAGGAGGAAAUACAACUUAGGAACUACCACUCCCGUGAUGCUCCGCUCCGGCCGCCUGCGCAGUGCCCAGGGCCACGUUGCUUUCGCGGCGCUGGAGACACGCAUCUCAGCCAUGGCUUCCGCGGAGUCGCGGCGGAUGGGGAAUGGCGGCAGUGUCGGUGGCGCCUUCCAGCCCUACUUAGACUCCUUGCGGCAGGAGCUACAGCAGAGGGACCCGACGCUGCUGUCAAUCGUGGUGGCGCUUCUCGCAGUGCUGCUGACGCUGGUGUUCUGGAAGUUCAUCCGCAGCAGAAGGAGCAGUCAAAGAGCUGUUCUUCUUGUUGGCCUGUGUGACUCUGGGAAAACAUUGCUCUUUGUCAGAUUGUUAACUGGCCUUUAUAGAGACACUCAGACAUCGAUCACUGACAGCUCUGCUCUGUACAGAGUCAACAAUACCAGGGGUGCUAGCCUGACCUUGAUUGAUCUCCCUGGCCAUGAGAGCUUGAGACUUCAAUUCUUAGAGCGUUUUAAGGCUUCAGCCAGGGCUGUUGUGUUUGUUGUGGAUAGUGCAGCCUUCCAACGAGAGGUGAAAGAUGUGGCAGAGUUUCUCUAUCAAGUUCUCAUUGACAGUAUGAGUUUGAAGAACACACCGUCAUUCUUAAUCGCCUGCAAUAAGCAAGACAUUACAAUGGCAAAAUCUGCAAAAUUAAUUCAGCAGCAGCUUGAGAAAGAACUCAACACUUUACGAGUCACCCGUUCUGCUGCCCCCAGCACACUGGACAGUUCCAGCACUGCCCCUGUUCAGCUGGGAAAGAAAGGCAAAGAAUUUGAGUUCUCACAGUUGCCCCUCAAAGUGGAGUUCCUGGAGUGCAGUGCCAAGGGCGGAAGAGGGGACGCUGGCUCUGCUGACAUCCAGGACCUGGAGAAAUGGCUGGCUAAAAUCGCCUGAGGGGCAGAGCUAAAGUGCAGGACAGUUGAACUUGUAUGUGUGUGGAAAAGGGUGUGGUAGCCUUGAGUUGAUAAAGAAGGGGUACAGAAUGUAAUAAGAAACAUUUUCUUGUUCUGGAAACAAAUUACUGUCGAAAGUAACUUGGAAUUUUUAAGUUUAGUUCUCCCUCGUUGCUUUCUUUUAUUUGUGUACUUCCCUUUGUUAAGGUGUUGUCCCUUUAACAUAAGCUUGACGUAAGGUUAGGAGGGUAUUAUGAGAAUAUGAUUAUCAUCUGAAAAUUUCUUAUCCUCUGCCUCUGUGCUUUAGUCCCUUUUGCUGAAAACAAACCCUGUCUGUGUAUGGAACUAGUUGAUUGCCAUUUGUCCUUGGCUGGUUCACGGUCAAUACAUCAUCUGGUCCUUUGUGAAUUCUCAGAUGUGUGGGUGUAGUUACAAGGUGGUCUCCUGACGUGUGAAGACAGGUAGAAAACAGCAAGGCUGUGUUGACAGCGGGUCUGUUUUUCAUCAGCUUGGUGACUUGUCCACACUCCAGCCUCAUAACACUUAGGUUUCAAAAACAUGCCCUGAACCCUUGGAGUCAUUCCCAGAUGACAGAACUGUAAAUGCUAAAUCCCCAAUGCCAAGGGCCUCGUGUGUUCUGGUGGUUUCCCUUAAUUGAGGAGUCUGUGGAGAUUUAGAAACUGUUGUGGUUUUCUGGAUGGCCGAGGGCUCCUGGAUGUGUUCCUGUGCUGUUUGGCCCCUGUUUUGUACUCCUAGCUAGAAUGCAGUGGAACACAUAGGAAUGAUAAAAGUUCUCCAUAGUUUUAACCAGCAGUGAAUAUACACUUUAAAAAAGAAAAGUCAGCCUCUUCAAAGUGAUGCUCUUUGUUGUCUUCUUGAAUGUUGGCUUUUUAAAUGGCUUUUAUAAAUUAUUAAUGCGUUUCUUGGCAAAUAAAACAACCUGUCUGGCUCAAAGCAA